CAUGUACAUCGUCGUUUUUUUCUGUGGGAGGAGAAGCGGAAGAGGGGAAGGGAGAGCGAGAUGGUGUCGCUCAAGCUACAGAAGCGGCUGGCAGCCAGCGUGCUCAAGUGCGGCAAGGGAAAGGUUUGGCUUGAUCCUAAUGAGGUCAACGAAAUCUCCAUGGCCAAUUCUCGACAAAAUAUCAGGAAAUUGGUCAAGGAUGGGUUUAUUAUAAGAAAGCCCACCAAGAUUCACUCCCGAUCCCGUGCCCGCCGAAUGAAGGAGGCCAAGAGAAAGGGGCGCCACUCUGGAUACGGUAAGCGUAAGGGUACCAGGGAGGCCAGAUUGCCGACCAAAAUCCUUUGGAUGAGGAGAAUGAGGGUGCUUAGGCGUUUGCUCCGCAAGUAUCGGGAGGCAAAGAAGAUCGACAAACACAUGUAUCAUGAUAUGUACAUGAAAGUUAAAGGUAAUGUCUUCAAGAACAAGCGUGUUUUGAUGGAGAGCAUCCACAAAUCCAAGGCUGAAAAGGCUAGGGAGAAGACAUUGUCUGAUCAGUUCGAGGCCAAGCGAGCAAAGAACAAGGCUAGCAGGGAAAGAAAGAUUGCAAGGAGGGAGGAAAGGCUUGCCCAGGGUCCGGGAGUGAAGGCGGCAGCAGCACCUGCAUCAGCAACUCCUGCACCUGCAUCACAGGGAACCAAGAAGGCUAAGAAGUGAUCGAACAGGUCCUGGUUACCUCUCUAAAACUUAAUGCUUUUCUUAGAAUGUUAUUCAAGUGCUUUUGAUCUCUUAUGAAAUAACUAUGUUAUCUAGUGAGAGGGAGUAUUGAAAAUUUCGAUUACAGAUUUUAUGUUUCUUGUUGGAUCAUUAUAUAUAUACUUCAGCCAGUUUUGGACUGAAGAUCUGUUUUUGGAA